AUGAAAAAAGAAGAAAAAGAUCUUGUAUUACCAACAGUCGAAGAGAUCAGUCGUCGUUGGAUGGAAUUGCACAAAGGAGAAAAACCACUCGUUUGCGAUCAAUUAAAUAUUCAAUUUCCUAAUAUUUAUCGUAUUGUUUCUGCAUCACUAGACGAACUACUAAAUAAAAUUGAUCAUAAAGACUUCAAUAUCAAAAACCAAUUUGGUCGAAUCUUUCUUUGUGCUGAUUGUAGUUUUUUUGAAGAUUUAACUCGUUCAAUUACACAAGAACAAUUACAAGCCGCUAUUAUUAAUGCUAGUAAACUAUCACACAUUUCAUCAUCAUCUCUUUACAUUCAAAUAAAUAAACAAACUCGCAAUGCAUGUAUUCUUGCCACUGAUACAGCACGAAAAUGGUCACAAAUAAGUUAUAUUUUUCUAGAUGGUAAACCAAUAUCAAAGAAAAAUAAUCUCACAUGUCAUCUACUCAUUCAUCCUGUUCCACAGACAUUUUCUAUUCAAACUAUAAUCAACCACCAAAAACUUGCUGGUAAAAUAAUAAACCAUAAACAUAGUGGAGAAAAUCUUAUUCUUGAAAUAUUGGAUAAGAAUAUUUUUGACGAUUGUAUCAAACAUGGAGCUCUUCGUAUUGGUGAUAAGUCUUUAUUUUAUAUGGAAGCAUAUAUUACUUCAAAGAAUCCAGAAGAAAGUGAAAUUGAUGCUGAUACAUGGUAUGAAACAGAAAUGCCUAAAUAUAAGCCAGACAUUAUGCAAUUCAUUGUCAAUCCUGAACAUGUUAUUUUUCGUUAUAAGUGGAAUUCAAAAAUAUGGCUUGACCAAUGGCAACAUACAACGUCACCUAAACACCAUGCUAAUAAUAUUAAAGGUAGAGGCAGUGAAAAAGGUACAACAAUCGAUCAACUUCGACAUCAACUUCAAGUGACAGUUAUGUUAAAUACACUUGGUAUUGUACGCCAAAAACGUUACUUGAUAGGAGAUCGAGAAAUAAAAUUGAAUUUGAAUAAUAAAAUCAAAACAAUCGUUUAUAACCACCAAUCGAAAUUAGAAAAAAGUAGAAAGAUACCCUUAGUAACUACUCCUUAUCCUAAAACAACAAUUUACGUAGUUAACGAGGAUUGUAUGGCUGUCUAUGAAAAGUUAAUAAAAAAAGGCAAACGACCACUUCUUCUCAAUAUGGCUAGUGGAACUAGUCCAGGUGGUGGAUUUCGUAAAGGUGAUGGAGCACAAGAAGAAAAUCUUUUCCGACGAUCUGAUUAUUUUCGAAGUCUUGAUAUUGGUCUCGAUGAUUUUCUACCAGAGCAAUCAGUACGUUUUUAUUGUUCAUCUAAUGGUCAACUUGAAUCUCUUUCUGACCUGAAAACUAUGUAUCCAAUGGAUGAAUAUGGAGCUAUUUACACAUCAGGAUUAACUUUUUUUCGUCAUUCUCAAGACACUGGUUAUGAUUAUAUGGAAAAACCACUAGAAAAUGUUUGCGCUAUAGCAAUGGCCGCUUAUCGAGACCCUAAAUUAGAGGGAAAUGUAUUGGCAUCAAAAUACGCUGUUGGAACACGGAAAAAAAUUGAAAACAUUUUUGCCAUUGCCUAUUAUCAUAAACAUGAUAGUCUUGUUUUAUCGGCUUUUGGUUGUGGUGCGUUUCACAAUCCACCUACUCAUAUUACAAAACUUUUCUCUUCUGUUAUUGAUCAAUAUGCAGGCUUUUUUGAAUCGAUUAUAUUUGCUAUUGUUGAUGAUCAUAAUGCAAGACAACGAUUAAAUCCUGAAGGUAAUUUCAAACCAUUUGUAGCAAUAUUGGAUGAAAAAACUGCAAAACCCAUGAUGCCAAUGAACAAAGCAAAUAUAAUGUUUGGUCCUUAUAGACUUUUCACUGAUGCAUUGACUGUUGCUGAUGUUUGUAUCUUUGAUUUAACACCAUGUAAAUUUGGAGCUAAAUGUAGCGAUAUUUAUAACACUAAUCAUAUUCGUCAAUUUUCUCAUCCACCUUUUUGUACCAAUGCAGCUAUUACUGGUAAAUGUGAUUUAACAACUGAUACUGUUCAUAUGAUUUCAUUUCUUCAUCGAAAUCAAUGCCAAGAUGGUGCUGAAUGCCGAAAUAUCGAUGAUAAAAAACAUACUCAAGAAUUUGAACAUCCAUCGUAUUGUCCAAACGGAGGUUCUUGUCAAAACAUGGAAGGUGAUCAUUUAAAAGAAUACCGUCAUUUACCAUUGUGUAAAUAUGGACAGAAAUGUAUCGAUUAUCAGAAGCAUGUUAAAAAACAUUGCGAUGAAUGUCGUCACUGUAUACCUCGCUGUUCGUAUGGAAACUACUGUGCUAAUUUCCAUAAUAAGAAACAUAUAAAUGAAUCACAACAUCCUUUUGCCGCUCCUUGUUUACGCACUCCAUUUCAUUGUCCAUCUUAUAUUGCUUUUUCAGAAGCUAGUGAUAUUCAAACUUUGCCGAAAGACAUUCAGCAACAUUGCCUAGAAUAUGCUCAUGUUUGUCGAUUCGGUCGCAAUUGCACUGAUAAUAAUCCAUUGCAUUGGGAAAAAUCUAUUCACAUAGCUCGUUGUCUUUGUUCCUAUGGUGACAAAUGCAAAAAACUUAAUCAAGAAGAACAUUUAAAUUCAUUUACACAUCCCAAUAUUGCUGAUAUUCGACGAAUGUGUAACUAUGCUGACAAGUGUCACGAUCGUAAUAAAUUGGAUCAUACUAUCAAAUUUCGUCACGCAGUAACUUACGAGGAUAGUGGAAUUGUACGUUAUGAUGCUUUGAAUAAAAAUAUUAAUUUCGUACAAAAUCAAAGUAAUAGUGUUACUCGUAUUCUUGAUUAUGUCAAAAAACACAAUUGGAAACUUUUACCAUCUGGAUCUAUUCCACGUGCAAUUCUCGACUGGUUCCGCACUGUUCAACCUGUACAUCGAUGUAAUCUAAUUAUAUUUGAAUCAAUUCUACUUCAUGGGCAUGUCAUGAGCCGAGAUUAUAUGGAACAUUUAAAAAAACCGAAAUUCGUUGCUAAUUCUAUUAUGCAACAUAGUCGAAUACGUCGUAUUGAUAACUUACAUAUUCCACAAUAUGAACAACAUGCUAGAGAAUAUAUUACUGCUCUAGUUAGUGAUGAAUUUGAGAAAGCUAACUUUCCACCUCUAUCAGCACUAGGUGGAGGUGUGGCCUCACCCCAUCCAUCUCGUCCACGUUCUGCAUCCCAUGCCAAUAUCAUCAAAACGAAAGAAACAAUUUUAUUGACUACAAUACCUCAAAGUGAUAUAAGUGCAUUAAAAACAAAAGCAAUUGAAAUUGCGCAAGCCUCAAUUAAACUUCACUCGAAUCCAGCUGGAAUUGGUCAUUUACCUGACAAAGCCUUAGGCACUGAUAAACAUGUUUUUAGUGUUCUCGGACCUCACCUAGGACAUUAUUAUGGGGAUGUAUUUAUUGUUUUUAAACGAGAAGUUCUUCAUCAUCCUGAUGCAGAUUUUUCUAUUCAAGCAGCAACAUCAUUUAGCAGUGGAAAUGCUUACAAAUGGCGUCCAUGGUUAGGUGAUGAUCCAGGAACACAAGCAGAAAGAAUCAACUUAUAUCAUAAUUCAAAAUUACAUGCUUCGAUUCCUGGAUAUGAUUAUGCAAUGGCUCUAGAACUAAUGACACUUACAAGCUAUACAUUAAAAUCAAAAUCUUUAGAUAUUGAUCUUAAUACUAUUCUUAAGCGUUGGAUCCAUACUGAUUCACAUAAAAAUAUUGAAGCACAUUUACCUCAACUCAUACCACUUGACUAUAUAGAUCAUAUUUAUAUUCCACAAAACAUAUUCGAUUCUCUCAAUUUUGAUACACGUAAAGCAAUCAAUGCUGUUUUCAAACAUAGUAUUACUGUUACACCACAUCAAGGUGAAGCUAAUCAACCAAUGGGUCCAACUGGUCCGACGCCUUCAUCAAAAGAACGGACUGAUUAUCAGUCUUAUGUUGUGGAAGAAUUGAUGAAACGAUAUGAUCGGAAUAUUCACUAUCCACUAGCAAGACCUAUUCGAGGUACUAUUAUGACAAUACCUGGAACCAAUUUCAAUGAUAGUUUUGUUUUACCUCUAACUAUUUCACAAGCCUAUGAACAACAUCGUAUUGUUCAUCAUCAACCGUCAGCUGAAAAUAUAGCUUAUAUCUAUUGGCAAGUCAUGAAUGGAGAUAUGAUGUUAGCAUUAUCUAAUGAACCGAUAGAGUUAAGUGAAAAACAUCAACCAAAUCUUCGCUGUUUGAUCUGUUAUAUAGCGCCUAAAUGUGCAUCAUAUGAUACUAGUUAUUAUGAACAGGCUACAUAUUUAAAUUAUGGUCAGCCUAUUCAACAUCAUGUAUUCGUAAGUAAAAAUCAGUACAAGGCUAAAUCAAAUACAUUCCAUAUUGGAUGUAAUACCGAUGAUUUUAUAACAUAUUGUCUUGAAAUUCAUCGUUCAAGUGGUAAAGUUAUUCUUCGUCAAGCGGGUUCAAAUUCUAUCUAUAAUCAUGAAGAGAUAUUUUGUGAAUUUAGUAAAGCAGAACUUGAUUUAACAAAACUAGAGUUCAUUCAUCUUACUGCUGGUGCUCAAAAAGCAGCUGUUCGAAAUUUAAUAGUCUGUUUUGAAAAACAAAUGGAUUUACAUCCAACAUUCGAUAAAGAUUUUAAAAAAAGUAUUCCAACAGUAUCUAAUCCAUCACAUGCUAAAGGACCUAGUGAAGAUAAUAAUGGUGAUAGUUCUUCUUUAAAG